GCGUUGUCUGGCACCGGUUCUACGAACGGCUCCCGCCAGCACCCUGGAGCGCUCCUGGCUGCUGGCAGGGCAUGACAUAAGUUCGGUUGAACGGCAGUGCCCAGCAGAGUCCCCUGAUGAUCCGCAGCAGGACAAGGCCAAAGUGAAGCUGAGCGGGCCCAACCCUGGCAGCCUCGGACAGAAUGCAGCGUUCUACUCUGCAUUGAAAAGCGACAUAGACGCGGUGAUGUCGCAUCCGGUCUUUGCUGACACGGGCGACUGCGAACCCUUGCCGAUCAAGGAUGGUGCCGGCAACCGCAGCGGCGUGCAAAGCAUUUUCAAGUUGGAUGAGAUGAGCAUUGCUUUGGCACAGCGUGGAGCCUACAAGGCUGCGGGAAACCUGGCUUGGAUCGACCCGUUGUUCGCACCUCUUCCGGGCGUGCCAGUACGCCGAGCGUCCGUGGACAUGUUGCUGAGUUACUACUUCAUGGACGAGGAGCCAGGGCUCUUCCCGAGGGAGCUGCUGCUCUACGUGACAUCUGCGAGUGAGGAUCCUCGCGGUGCCUUCGAAAUGAAGUGUGUGUCUCCGGACGAGCUUCGGGCAGCAGCUUGGGCGCGGAUCCGUCAGCGCAUCGACGAGAAUGCCCCGGCGGAGGAGCUGCAACAGUGGAAAAACAUGCUCCUCACAGUCUCCUUCCAUAUCAAACUCCUGGAUGCAGACGAAGAUGCUGUCAUGGCCCUGGCUUUGUCUGAACGGGAGCACAUCAAGAUCGAGCACCAGACGAUGUCGCGCACCUGCCGCCAGUGGAUUUUUACGAUUGUUGCCUUGAAAGAGUCCGUGGACCGGCGAUUCGGCACAACCUCACACGAGGACCUGGCAGACCACAUCAAUAGCCAGGUCAAGGUCGCGCCGGGCUUGGAUGAUGAGCAGCCUCUGAACUGCGAGAUCACAGUCUCCAUGAUCACUGCCGCGGUGGAGAUCUACAACGUGUGCUAUGCAGAGAACGAGGAAGAAUGGGUUGUUGGGAACCCCCUUGAUGAUCUUUCCAAGCUCCACCUGUUCGUUGUGAAAGGUCGCUCGCCUCCUGUAAUCCGUUGGCUCCUCAAGAGCCUCCUUGAUGCUGUGAGGGCGAAGCCCAGGACUCGCGGCAACUACACUCACAGCUUGCUCAAGGGUGACUCUCACAGCAAGGGCUAUCUGGAUCUUUGGAUCGGGAAGCGCGACCUCCUAAAGUACCUGCUGCAGGAAUGGCUGCCUUCUCGAGAACUGUCCAAGGACUGUCGGGAUGUCAUCGCAAACAUCUACAAGAAUCAUGACACCCUGCGUGCCCAAAUCCCGCAUGGCCAAGCAGCGAACCGGAGCUAUCAAGCCUCCUGGCCACAGUCGGCCACGCUGACAGCCAGGCUCAUCGAGGACGUGAUCUACGGGGACGACUACGACGUCUCUUUGCGCUAUGGCUUGAAGCUCAAAAAGAGCUGCGAAGAGCUGAUGGAGCUGGAGAAGAUUGCAGCGGCCGUGGAGGCCAUCGACGAGGCGGCCGGACUGGAGGAGACCCUGCCCGAUGCAGAAGCCCUGCAGGACGAGGAGCCGAAGGAGGACGAGGACCUUGCAAUCGCUGCCGUGAGCGAGGUUCACACCACCCUCUUUGACCGUGUUUUGGAGUCCGUCCUUGACAAGCCUGUGCCCAGCUCCAGCAUGGACUCCGACAUGCUGGAAGAGUUCGAGACGUACCGGAAGCGCAGCCUGGCGCUCGCCGAGCAAGUGAUCCUGACUCCGGAUCCCAAGCUUCCCAGCGUGGCCGCCAGCACCAUCCGCGCCGCGCUCUCCAAGGUUGACGGAAACGACGGGGACAUCCAGAAAGUCUUCGCCUCCGAGGACGACGGCACUGAAGGCGCCGCGGCCAAGCGCAAGAAAGGCGGUGGCAGCAUGAUGAAGAAAGUCGUGCAGAAAAUUGGCAUAGGCUAUACGGAGGAAUCGCUCAGUGCCCGGCGGGAGCAGGUCCGGGGGUUCGGGACGGUUGAGCAAACGGAGACCGUCUACGUGAUCACGGGUUCCGCUCUCAAGGUGGAGAAGAGAAACAGAUUGCACUUCAAAGGCACCACCGCGGGUUCUUGGAUUUUCCCCGUCGCCAUCCCGCCUUACGAAGAGCAAUGGCAACUUCCCUUCAGUGCCAAGAAAGAGCUGUUCGGCGAAGGCCGUGUCGCCGUAGGCGGCAAGACGGAGAGUGGAACGGCAAAGAUCAAGCCGAGGCUGGAUUCUGAUGUCGAGCUGGUAUUCUACCACUACCAAGGCUACGAGAUCAUGUCUGAGCUGCUCCACAAUCUCGGCGGCUCCAAGGACAUCGACCUCAUCGUCGACCUGACAGCGGGAGUCGGCGACUUGGCGUGCUUGGCAGUGGAGCGCCGCAUGGUCUACUUCGGCUGGGCAUUUACGGAAUUCCACGUCAAGGCUCUUCGUCAAGAGCUCCAAAGGAGGUUCAUGGUGAGCUUCGCAGAGGAAGGUCACGCCCUCUAUGUGCCGGCCUUCGCAACGCUCGUGAGCCAGAUCCAGGCGGAGAAUGCAUCGGAGGAGGAGGAGGACGAUAAGAAGGGCAACAAGAAGAAGCCGAAAGAGGCCGAGGAGGACGACGAGGCCGAGGAUGCUGAGGAGGAGGAUGACCUCGGCGAGGUGGACGAGGACCCAUCCGAGCCAGAGGAGGCCCGUCGUGCGCUUCGGUCUGCUGGACAGCGCAGAUCCAAUAAGGCGCUUCUUCGCGCCAAGCAGCGCAAGAAGAGGACAGAACGUCUGCCCCCACGGCUUCGCGAAGCUCGUCGACCUCUGAGCGUUGGCACGUGGUGCUCGGGCUUGGAAGCGGUCAUAUGGGCAUUGCGCAGCGUGAGAUUCGCCUACCGUCAUGUGUUCUCUGCAGACAUCCUGCCGGAAGCCCAGGCCGCUUUGCAGAAGAACUUCUGCCCCGAGCUUUUGAGAGGGGACGUCCUCACGCACUCGAGCAGAGAUUGGCCUCGCGUGGACCUGUUCCACGCAGGCUACCCCUGCCAGCCCUUCAGUUCGCAAGGCCUAAACCGAGGCCUGGACGAUCCAAGAUCAGGCGUGCUUCGAAAAAUGCUCGCCAUGAUUCGCAAUGUUCGUCCUCGCUGGCUGUUGCUAGAGAACGUCCGAGGCCUGGAAAGCCGGCACAGAGCAGCGCUUGAUUACAUCCUGAAGGAUCUCAGGGCGUCGGGAUACAGAGUAUGCUUCAAGACCCUGAAUGCCCGCUAUCACAAGGUGCCGCAGAACCGGGAGAGGCUGUUCUCAUAG